UCAACAUUAAAUUUGUCUUCGAAAAACAGCUGUGCGAUAUCAGUGCUGUGGAUAAAAUAAUGCUUUACAUUUCCUUUACUUUGAGUUAAACGCUUUGCUGUAUCGAUCACAGAUGUGCAAAUAUCUAGAUUGAACUGAAUCAUGAAGCAACAUUUGCUGUUUUUUUUACUAUGGGGCCUUUUAAUUGGGCCAGCAUUUUCUGAAGAAAACAAGCUUCUUUUUGUGCAGAUUGUUUUUCGGCAUGGAGAUCGUGCUCCCAUUGAUCUUUAUCCUAAUGAUCCAAAUCCUCCUUCUGUGUGGCCCGAAGGUCUUGCAGCCUUAACUACACUUGGAAAGAAACAGCAAUAUGCUUUAGGUAAAUAUUUCCGCUCCAGGUACAGUAAUUUUACCACCUCCAGUCCAUUAGAGGUAAAGGUGAUUAGUUCAGAAGCUGAUCGUUGCUUGAAGAGUGCUUUAACGAAUUUGGCGUCAUUUUAUGCUCCUGAUUCUGAAUGGUCUUUUGAUAAAAGCUUACCUUGGCAACCAAUUUCUGUUCACUACCUUCCAAAAAAACAAGAUAAGUAUCUGGAAACAGAUAGUGAUUGCCCUCGUGCUGUUGAAGAACAGCAAAAAGUUAUUCAAUCUCAUGAAGGUCAAAGAAUCUUGAAAGAACAUGAGGAAAUGUUCAGGAAUUUGUCAGUUUACAGUGGUUAUCCCAUAGCUAACUGGACAAAAGCAUCGUAUCUCCAUGAUGUUUUAUCAAUUGAGAAAAAAUACAAUCUUACAGUACCUACUUGGGUUGAGCCAUAUUGGGAUGAGUUAACCAAUGUAUCAAAUCUGUCUUUUUUCUGGAGUUAUAAUUCUCCAUUGCUACAUCGACUCCGGGCUGGGCCACUUAUCCAGAGAAUUAUUGCUAAUAUGGAUGCGAAAAUAAAUGGCAUGAUUACAAAUCUGAAAUUUCAGAUUUAUUCAGCGCAUGAUACAACUAUAGCUGUAGUUUUGGAUGCAUUGAACCUUUUCAAUAUGAUUGCACCACCAUAUGCUUCAGCACUAUUGUUUGAAUUGUUUGAAAUGCCAGAUGGUGUGAAGACUGUGCGAAUGCUAUACCAGAAUUCUUCAAAACCCGAAGAAAAAAUUGAUCCACUACAAAUACUCAUUUUGGAAGGAUGCAGUGAAUUUUGUCCCUUGGAUUUUUUCAUCAAUUUCACUAGCCCUUUAAUUCCAGAAGAUUGGGAUCGUGAAUGUCAGUUAGACAAGACUUUUGUUGAGAAGAUCCAAGAGAGAAAAGUCACAAUUGGUUGGUUCCUCAUCCUUAUAGCAGUUGUAAUGGCAGUAAUGAGUAUUUUCUUAUUGUGGCGGAUGUAUUCUCGUAGACAGGACAAGAAGGGUAUUUCUGCUGUUAAAUACAGUAGUUUGGAUGGUCCAUAGGGCAAGACAUUACAUCUGUGUAAUCAAUGCAAUGUUACAUAAUCUGAAAAUGACCUCAUUAUUUUCCUAUUCCAUGUUGCUCUUUGGUAAGGUUACAACUGUGACAACUGCAUUUAACAAACCAUUGCAUUUUUUUUUAUAAUAUAAAUUUUUCUGUCUUAUGUAUUGAAAAAAGUUAUAUUAAAAUUUUGAAUAAAGUUUUAUUUAUACAUUU